CUUUUCUUUCCUUUCUUUAUUUUAUAAAAGGUGAAUACUCACGCACCUAUUUACUUGUUAUCGUAUGUUCGAUCAGCCUGCACAUACUCUAUUCUCGUCCUUAAAAAAAGUUGUUGACAAUCCAAAAGAAUAUUUGGCUGACGUAUGUUGUCGUUUCCAGGAUGUUGAAAUUUGGGCUCAUACAGGUAUUUUGUUAUUACGGUGUCCUUCCGCCUUUGGUCAACGUUUUUUACCUUAUUUAGUCAACAAAGGCAGCUACGACCCUAUAAACGACAGCAUAGUCACUUUUGAUGAAUCUAUCUCGUCAUCAUUAUUCAAAUUAUUACUACUUUAUUGGUAUACAGCUCAUGUGGACCCAGAUUUACCUGAACAUAUUUGUCAGCAAUUGAAUGCUUUAGAAAAAGAACUCGAUAUUCAACUACUCCCACGCCCCGCUCCUGAUAAUUAUGAUACUUUUGAACAGCAACAACAACAACAGCUUGUACAAGAUUUGAACCGGAUGCGACUAGACGAAAUAGGAUGUGAUAUUAAUCUUAUCUUACCUUUGAACUCUUCUUCUUCGGAUGCAAUCACCUCCACCACUCUGUCUAUUCCAGCACAUCGAUUUAUUUUGGCCAGUCAGUCAACUUAUUUUUACGCCAUGUUUUGUACUGAUUUUUGUGAAAGCCAAAAUAAGGUAGUGCAGCUGACCGACCGUUUUUUUACACCUAUGGUAAUGCAAGUCAUACUGAAUUACCUAUAUUCGGAUACUGUGUGCGUUCCUCCACCACCUCAAUUGGCUUCUAUAUGCAAUUUUACAACAAUAUCCUCUUCUUAUCCACCUCUAUCCAAAAUCCAAAAAUUAACCUUGAAAAAACAUACCUUACGGACCCUUCAAAUGACUUUUGCAGCUGCUGAUUAUCUUGGACAAAUGAAAACACUUGGAUAUGCCCUCUUACACGCUAUGACCAAAACUUGUGAUGGAUUUAGAUGUCUAUGUGAUGAUUGUGUUCUUCUCUUACCAUCUAUGCUUUCUCUAGCAGACAAGAAAAAAGAGGAUCCUAUUCUUUCUCCUCUUCGUGCUACUCUGGUGACUUUGUAUUCUGAUCCUACUCAUGCUAUACAACAUCUCUGGUCUCAAAAACCAUUCGCCAUUCUGGUCCAUUCUAUGAUUCCUUCUGCUGCCUCGAUGAUGAAGACUCUCGAUUCCUCAAUAGCUCUGGAUGAUGAUCACAAACCCAAGUCAACAUUAAUUUUUGAAAUUGCUGAAUCCACUUAUGCAAAUGUCACAAAACACAAUGCUAUUCAUGUCCUUCAUGCAUUACAUUUAUGCUUCUCCAAAUUACGAAGUGCUGAUCUCUUACCGACCUGGUCACUACCUACAUUGGACUUGUUGGAUCCUAUCUUACAAUUGACUGUUAGUAUGGUAUCACAAAAUUUUGACUUUUAUUGUGUGGAAUACCCUAUUCUUGUAUCAUGUGUGGAUGGUAUUGGAUGUGGUUUCUCAAUUGACUUUUUGGAUUUUUUACUUAAUCGUGUACUCGACCAAGGCAUUCAAGAUGCAAAUGCUGGUAUUAUUUACCAAGGUAUUGUCAAGGAUUUGAUUGGAAGACAAGAAACGGUGAAAAACAUUGCUCUGGAUGAUGUCUUACUCAAUGCUCGUGUUCGAUGUACUGCCUAUUUGGCUCGACGAUGGUUAAGUGUCAAAUCUCUUGGUGGUUUUCGAUCUUUGGAGAAAGCAACGAUGCGACAACUUUCUGACGAUAUUGGUAUUCCUUAUCGUACAUUGACAAAACCAUUUGAUACUGACUUGUUAUCACUAUUCAGCUUCAGACCAAAACCGUCCAAACAUGCACUCAAGUUGAAAUCAGAAAAUGAAGCACCAUAUCCAUCCACUUCUAAAGCCGUUGGUAAUGGGUCAACAAUCUCUUUUGGACGUCGAAGAUCCUUUGGUAAUCCACGCAAUCACAAUGCAGCAUCAUCGUCAAAAAUAGUAGGAAAAUCGAUAUCGUCCUCUACUGUUGGUUCUCGCCCACGUUCACAUUCAGCAGGAUCAGCUCCCCCUUUCCGAUCAACACUUCACUCGACAAAAACAGACCCAUCUUCUGGUUAUGUGAAUUACAACACUCUCAAUGCAUUAUCGACUCAACCAUUGAUUCACCUACUUUCAAUGGAAACUGAAGCACGAAGAUACCAGCAGGAAAUAUCAUCUAUGACUGAUAACGACGAUGCUUAUAGAUAUGAUGAUGAUGAAACAAGUGAACGUUUACUGGAUGCAUUAUUGCCUAUGGAAAAAAUUACACCUGUAGUAAAUAACAAGAGUGCUGAUCGAUCAACAAAAUUAAAAUUCGAAAUUCCAUCUGGUGGACCAACACAUGCAAAAUCUCCUUUACAUCCAAGUUUAUACAAUCAAUUACUAUCCCCAAUGGAUGCUAUGAUGGAUUCAUCGGCGUGUAGAUCAAACAAGAAAAUGAAGAUGAAGAAACGUGGUCUUUCACCAAAACGAUCAAAAUGGAAUCUUGGAUCAACAAGCGGCAGCGAUAUCAGUGAAGAUGAAGAAUUAGGAAUGAAGACUAUGCAACCAUCUUCGAUGAUUACACCUAUGAUUGGCGCCAGAGUAGAACUUCGUCGUCGACCUUUGCCUACGUUUGGAACUAUUCAAUAUAUUGGCCCUGUCUCUUUUGCAAAAGGCACCUGGAUUGGUUUAGAAUUAGAAUCAAGACUUGGCAAAAACAAUGGAUGUGUUGCCGGUGUAACCUAUUUCCGUACUGACCCUCAACGUGGACUAUUUGUAAAACAAGAUGACUUCAUCAUCAUCUCUAUUCCAUCUAUGACAAUGUAGUUUUAUUCCCUUUCUUUUCUUUUUUUUUAGUACCCUUCUUUUAUAUUCAUUCUUAUUACCAUUAUUCUUAUUUUUAUUCUUACUAUUGUCAUUAUUAUUCCGUGAGUUAUCAUCCUCUUUGAUUACCUUAGGCUAUGAGGUCUUUUUUUUUUUCCCUUUGAUACCCUUAUCCAGUGGAGCAAUAUAUGUAUUACUACUUCCUUCGUUUCUUUUUUUACAUCAUAUAUCAUUACUGCCCUUUUUUUUGGAAAUAAAAGAAAGUUUUAUAUUCAACGUUUAUAAUCAUCUAA